AUGCUCAACCCCCAAUCUGACCUACUUAUGUUCAGUGGGUCCAUCGGACCUAGCCUGGAGGACUGUUUAGCAGAUCCACCGACCGUUCCCCUAUCCGCCACCUUGGGGACGCUCCGUAAUUGUGAAAGUUUUAUUUCUGCGUUUGCAAGUAAUUCAGAUAAUGCGUUGAAGACAUUUUUACUUAGAGCUAUUAUAGGAAAAUUAACAAGUAGAGCUCAAAUAUUAAUUGGUUCGCGCACAGAAUUAAAAUCAUGGGAUGAAAUCAAACAAGCUUUAAAUUUAAGUUUUGGAGAUCAACGAGACAUUGACUGUUUGGUUCAAGAUCUUAUUAACCUAAAACCAUUUAAGAAUAAAACCCCUUAUAAUUUUGGUAUGCGAUACAAAGAUUCUAGGAGCCUCAUUAUCUCUAAAUUAAACACUUUACAUUUAGACUUAAGCGAAAAACAAUUACAUCUUAGGAACUACGAUAAUUUAGCUUUAAAAACUUUUGUUCGUGGCUUACCUUUACCUAUACAAACUAACAUACGUUUACGAUCACCUAACAGUCUAGAAAAGGCAAUGAGCUUAGUUGUAGAAGAAGAAAACUUCUUGUACUCUACUCUAAGAUUAAGUUUCAAACCAGAAACAAUGGACAUCUCUUCAGGAAAUACUGUACUUAAAUCCCAUUCGAGACUCAAAUUCACAUCUGCAGAACUUUUUAAUCAAGCUGUAGAUAAUUCUGAUUCUCAUGAUGAAUUUUAUUCGGAAAAUCCAAACUAUUAUGAAAAUAUCGACAAUGCUGAUAUAAACAAUUAUUAUACACAGGAAACAGAACAUUCUUAA